AUGUACGCCGGUCGCACUGCCUCCAGGGCAGCGCCCGCAGUAUUCCGAGCGGGCAUCAGGACCACUACCAGAGCUCAUCGCCCCAUGCUGAGGAACUCACCCGCGAUUCGCAUCCUCAUUCCGCUACGCGCCCUCCAAACUGAGUCGACAUCGAACAAUGCGCAAAACUAUCCGCCUCCUGGUUUCGACCCCAAGCAGGCCAACCAGCACCUCCUCAAGCCCCAGCAACAGUCAAAACAGUCUGUCGAGAAGUCGGACCCCAUCAUCCCCAAGUCUGGCGCAACCUCCAACCCGAAGACACCCGCGCAAGAUGUCCAAACAUUAAGCGAGCUGAAGAUGGACAAGUCGGCUGCUGAAUCCAAGGACGAGAAGAAGAUUCUGGCCAAAAGGGACGCAGAGAAGAAGAAGUUGACCGUCUGGCAAAAGGUCAAGAAGGAAUUGGUCCACUACUGGGAUGGCACCAAGCUGCUGGGCUUCGAGGUCCGGAUUAGCUCCAAACUCGCUCUCAAGAUGGCCGCUGGGUACGAGCUUACCCGCCGUGAGCGUCGACAAUUGCAACGUACCGUACAGGAUCUGGCCCGCUUGGUACCUUUCCUGCCCUUCGUUAUCGUCCCCUUCGCCGAACUGCUGCUCCCUGUAGCGCUCAAGCUCUUCCCUAACAUGCUGCCCAGCACGUACGAGGGUCAGUCGGCUAAGGACACCAAAGCCCAGACGCUCCGAGCGACCCGAAAGGACGUUAGCGAUUUCCUUCGUCAAACACUCAAGGAGACUGGCCUGCCUGUCUCUGCUGAGAACGCGCAGACAGAGGAGUUUGCCGAAUUCUUCCGCAAGGUGCGCACCACGGGAGAGAAGCCAACACCAGAGGAGAUCAUCAAGGUGUGCAAGAUUUUCAAGGACGACCUCACCCUGGAUAACUUGUCUCGCCCUCAGCUGGUCUCCAUCUGCCGCUACAUGAACAUCACCUCUUUCGGUACAGACAACUUCCUGCGCUACCAGGUCCGCGUGCGCAUGCGCCAGAUCAAGCGUGACGACCGAGCCAUUGCCUACGAAGGUGUUGAAAGUCUCUCCGUUCCUGAGCUUCAGACUGCCUGUGCCAGCCGCGGUCUACGAACCUAUGGUGUCUCUCCUGGCCGGUUACGGGACGACCUCACUAGCUGGCUCGAUCUCCGCCUGAAGCACGGCGUUCCAUCAACUCUUCUCGUGCUGUCCAACGCAUUCGUUUACGCCCAGGGCAAGGAGACCGAGAUGACCUCUCAAAUUGAUGCUUUGGAAGCCGUCCUCUCCAGUAUCCCUGAGGAGCUGUACCACGAAAUGGAUCUCGAGGUCCGCAACGCCGAAGGUGCCGCAACCAACAAGCAGCGUCUUGAGGUCCUCAAGGAGCAGCAAGAACUCAUCAACGAGGAGAACGAGCAAACCGAGACCGUUGAGAACAAGGCCACAGCCUCGCCCAAGGACCACGAGGACAUUGACGAGAAGCCUGCCCGGGACGCACAGGAGGCAAAGGAAGCCAAGGCCGAAGAGGAGAGCAAAGAAGCCGAGGCCAGCGCUGGUGAUGCCGCCGGUGGAAGCGCCGAGCGUGCCGAACAGGAUGAGCGCGCCUUGAAGAUGGAUGACCCUACCGGCAAGGGUGAGAAGCCCGCUAAAGCGAAGAAGGAGUAA